AUGGCUUCCAUGGAUUUGAUAAUAGGAAUGAUGUUUUUAUUUCAAAUCGUCAUUGGAAUCCUGGGGAAUUUCCCACUCUUAUAUCAUUAUAUGUCCCUUUAUUUCAGGGGAUGUAGGUCAAGACCCAUGGAUUUGAUUCUCAGGCACUUAACUAUAGCCAACUCCUUGGUCAUUCUCUCUAGAGGAGUUCCAGAAGCCAUGGCAGCUUUUGGGUUGAAACAGUUCAUGAAUGAUUUUGGACACAAAGUUCUUUUAUAUGUUCACAGGGUGGGCAGGGGUGUGUCUAUUGACACCACCUGCCUCCUGAGUGUCUUCCAGGUGAUCACAAUCAACCCUAUGAACUCCAGAUGGUCAGAGAUUAAAGUAAAAGCCCAAAAGUACACUGGCCCCUCCAGUAUCCUGUGCUGGGUCCUCCACAUGCUGGUAAAUAUCAUUUUUCCUAUUUAUAUGACUGGCAAAUGGAGCAACAAAAACAUCACAAAGAAAAAUUAUUUUGGGUAUUAUUCUGCUUCACUUCAUGACACAGUUAUAGGCUCAGUAUAUGCAGCACUGACAUCUUUCCAUGAUGUGUUGUGUUUGGGACUCAUGCUCUGGGCCAGCAACUCCAUGGUUUUCAUCCUGUACAAGCACAAGCAGCGGGUCCAACACAUUCAUAGAAAUAAUCUUUCUCCCAGAUCCUCCCCUGAGACCAGAGCCACCCAAAGCAUCCUUGUCCUGUUGAGCACCUUUGUGUCAUUUUAUGCCCUUUCCUUCAUCAUUUAUGUUUGUUUAGCUGUCUUUGAUAAUUUAAUUUGGUGGCUGGUGAACACUGGUGCACUGAUCACUGCAUGUUUUCCAACUAUUAGUCCUUUUGUUCUCAUGUGCCGUGAUCCCAGAAUAUCCAGACUUUGCUGUGUCUGCCAUGGAAGAAAAACACAAUUCCCUCAUCUCAUCAGAAAAAUAUGA